AUGGAUGAUGAUAAAAAGUUGGAGCUAGCAGUCAUUUAUUUCCACAACUCACGUUAUGAUAAGGCUCUUACCAUUUAUAACGAGUUGGAAGACGCUUACAAUGCGUUGGGACCAAUGUUACUCAAGCAACUUCGAGCCGACGCAAAGGUCUAUAAUCUAGCCUCCAUCCCCCCUAUACAUCCCAAUUUACCUAAAGUUCUCGACCAACGAGCCGCCACAUACGAGAAGCUUGGAAACUUUACCAAAGCUCUAGCUGAUGCACGCGCUUUAGUCGCUAAAGACCCGCUCAAUUGCAAGGGGUACCUUCGUCUUGGCAAAUUGCUCGAGAAGAGAGGAGAUUUGACCAGUGCCCUAUCGACCUAUUCUCAGGGUAUUACAAAGAUCAAGUCUGCCUUUAAGCAAAGCAAGAUUAAGCCGCCGCCAAAACAAUAUCAGGCGCUUAAGGAAAAUCAUGAAAGAUUACAAGCCACGGUAAAGACUCCAGUUGAACAUGGGGUUUCCGAACUGACAGGAAAGCGUACGUCAUCCCCGUCCUUUUCCACAGUUGUUUACAAGAAGACUCGAGUGCUGGGGCGAGACCCUUUCAAUUUGUUGCCACUUGAAAUCAUUGAACUCAUAUUUCGCCAAAUUCCGCUAACGUGUGUACUUCAGUGUCAUCUUGUGUGCAAAAGAUGGUACAGCAGCUUAAUUCAAUUGCCAUCGCUUUACCGCUUGGACUGUCGUCUGGGGGUCACUGUACCGCAGUUUGAGAGGGGAGUCCAAUUAGUAAAGAGAAUCAGCAGCUUUACUCGGUUGAAAGAGAUAAGUUCAGUUAAAAUCAAACAUGCGGCUAAUCUUGAGCGGUGUCUUCGCUGCAUGAUUACCGAACCUGGACUUUUCUUUCGAAAUAUUGACAUCAGCGAUCGCCAAUUUUCUUUAUCGUCGUGGAUUCACUUGAUGUCGAAAACUGGUUGGACGACUCACAAUUUCAAGCGGGUAACCAAGCUUAGCCUCGGUUUGGUCUCGCUGAUGACGUACGGUAGUAUUUUAUUGAGCAUCUUCCCAAACUUGAAGCGUCUACGAGUUCUUAUUCUUCGAAGUGAUAUGGAUCGCGAAGCUCUGAAUGUCAUUACCACAGAGAAAGCAUUUAGAAGAUUUUCAAUGGUUGAUCUGCAUGAGAAACUAGAAGAAUUAGUACUAGUGAACCACCCCAAAUUGAAUCGAGAGAAGCAGUCAGCUACACCUGGGCCUGCGACAUAUCUGGCAGUACCCCCAUUUCUCAAUCAAACUUUUGCAUAUCUCGUGGAGUUGAUUAUGGCUAAUUACGACUUUGAAAACCGACUUCCUCAAUUGGGUGAGUUCUUCCUCAAGACUCCUAACUUGAAACGCUUGUGGUUUGAGAAUAAUCUAUCAAUCACGCUACUCGAGUUUUUCCAAUUACUUCAAAAUUACCAACCAAGUUUCCAUCUUGAAGAUCUCACAUUCCGCGAGCGCUAUAUACCCAGAGCCACCAAUUUGGUGGAAUUCACUAGUGAAGAUUUGCAUCAGCUACAUGACUUACGGCGUCUCGACGUGUACGGCUCACUGUUGACAACGCAGGGGUUAAAGAAAUUGCUCCGAUUGAGUGGCAAACAUCUUACGACGUUGCAAAUUGGUAAUUGUUGUCAUGUUGAGUGGCCCCAAGACAUCAUAGGGCAACAGCACCACAUUCUUCGGUGGAAAACGUUAUUCAAAUAUGCUCCUGCAUUGCAAAGAUUGAGCGUGAGAAAUAGUUUGAUCGAUCAAUUUACUCUCUCGACGCUCUCUCAACUUGAAGAGCCACAUAAGCUUGAAGAACUUGAUCUAAGUUUUUGUUCAAACGUUAAAGGCGUUGGUUUGUUAUACCUCUUGCAAUAUCCUGUUAAGAAGUUUCGACUUAAUGGAGUUGAUAUUGACUCGCAGACAUUAACCUACAUGAGUGAACGCAAUCCACAUUUGCUCGAAAUCGAAAGUGAUCCUCGGGCAACGUCGAUAUUCACGUUUGGGGUAGAUAGUUGGAUCCAACCUUUAUAA